AUGCUAUUCAUUUAAAUAAUCCAAUUCAAGGAUGGAGAAUCAAAAGAAUCACUUUUUUUAAAGGGAAUCCUAGAAUGCUGCCAGGAAAGAAAGUAAGAUAGAAGUUAUGAAUAUGAAGGUGGUGAAGAUUUUAAAUAUCAGAAUUUAACAGAAGAACAAAUCAGAAUUUAAUAGAAAAACUUUACUGAAGCUUUAGAUACAGCUGAUUAUGUCAUUGUAAAGUAAAGUAAUAUUUAAUUAAAAAUAAUGCUAGGUAUCAUUAGCUCGGAUUCUGAAUAGGGCAAGAGUAAAAAAUAAUCUAGAGGAAGUUGGAGCUAAAACAAGGCUGGUUAGUUUGUGAAGACAGAUUAGGAUGUUGUAAAUAAUCAGGAUAAGCACUUCAAUUAAAUGAAAAUUUAUGUUAUUGACCUGAAUGAAGGAGGGAAGUUGACGAUCUCAGAGCAGACAAUCCCAUAAGAUUUUAGAGAUUUAUCCAGAUCUUUGGUUAUGAAACCUAUUUCAAACUCCAUCCUAAAUUAUUCUGAAGCUCCUAAAACAUUUAAACAGGUAAAUUAUAAUGUUAAAAUAGUGUGCUAAAUCAAUUAGAGAAAUAACGAGUUAAAGAGCUGAGAUUUGUUCUAGGCUAAGAAUUAAUAAACAAUAUUGUAGGUGA